CACAUUCUAGAGUUCAGUGAUAUCAAAAUGAGUUUCAAAACAAAUGUUUUUUUGUUAACACUUUGUUUGUUGGUGCUUCUGACGAUGAUGUCUUCAGAGGUUGUUGCUAGGGACAUGCCUUCUGGUUCACUAAUUCCAUCACUUAAAUUACUCAACAUGAAUUCUGGUAUAACGAAUGGUGUUCAAAAUGUUGUUGAGAUGAAUAACAAAACGCUUCAAGGGAGAGGCAUUGGUGGCGGUGGGGGUUGGCGUCCUGGGAAAGAUAGCGGUGGCGGUCCUGUGAAAGGUGGCGGUGGCAGUGGCCGUGACAAUAAGGGUCCUGGAAAAUAUAAAGGUGAAAAAAGUGAAUUACUUAUGUGUAGUUUUUGCAGUGGUUGCCCAGAUGAUGAAGACGAAAGAACUGUCUGUCAACUCUUAUGUUGUUCAUAAUAAUAGAGUCAUAAAUAUGGAACUAUCAUCUUCUUUCGAUCCAU